AUGCCAAUGACUGCAUCAUCCUUCUCGGAUACGAUGCUCUGUGGACAGCAUGUACGAAUUACAGUCGCUGCUAGUCAGGGUGGUAGAAGAUAUAUGGAGGAUCGAGUACACAUCGAAUGUGUUCGACUUCCCGAUGGCACUGUCGAUUAUCUUUAUUUUGCUGUUUACGAUGGCCAUGGUGGUUCAGAAGCUAGUGAUUACGUUCGAAAACAUCUUCUAAAAAACAUUCAAUCACAGUACGGCUUUGAUGGUGAUGAUGAACAAAUGCUAGGCGCUAUAAAAAAAGGCUUCGUGGAGACACAUCUUGCUAUGUGGAAAGUUGUCGACGAUUGGCCUCUCACUUCCUCGGGUUACACCAGUACAGCAGGUACCACUGCUAGUUGUACUUUUAUUCGACGUGGAAAAAUAUUCACCGGGCACGUCGGCGAUUCCGCUGUAAUCCUGGGAGAAAUGAGUGAUGGUGAAAUAAAAGCUAGCAGUUUGACAAUUGACCAUAAGCCCGAUAAUUCUCUCGAAGUGCAGCGGAUAAACAGUGCUGGUGGAACGGUAAUGAAGAAGUCAGGCGUCACACGCGUCGUUUGGACAAGACCUGUCAGGGGUCAUGUUGGUCCUGUGCGCAGGUCAACGCCAACCGAAAGUAUUGCAUUUCUUGCUGUCGCCCGUGCUUUAGGUGAUUUAUGGUCAUAUAAUCGAGAAACGAAACAAUUUAUUGUGAGUCCUGAGCCAGAUGUCGCUGCAUAUGAUCUAAACAAUAACAAUUUAUGUUUGGUACUCGGCUCAGACGGAUUAACUAAUGUUUUAAAACCGCAACAAAUUGUCGAUAUUGUGAUGCAUUAUGAAAAAUUAUCACGUGAUAAACAUGGCAGGCUACCAAAUCAUUCUCGUUGGAUACUGCGUCAUGCAUUGGAAGGUUGGGGAGCAUCACGUGCUGAUAAUAUAUCAGUUAUAUCAGUAUUUUUUGACAAAGAGAAUAUGGAAGUUAACAAUUCAUCGGUUCUAGCUGACGAUAUUAAUUUAUGUUUGGAUAAAGCACUUACAGACUUUGAAAAUUCAACGAUCGUAUUAGGACCGAAAUAUUGUAAACAGCUGAAAACAUUGGAUGUCGAUUUAUAUUACUCGGGCAUCGUAGAUCCCAAUUUUGCUACAGAAAUUUCUUACAAUGGACCUGGAUAUACGCGUGAUAUUAGACGUCCACUUACCCUUGUACAGUUCUCAGAAAUGCCAGUAAUUCCACUGACUUCAUUAGAUCGUGUCUUAGCCAUACGCCGUUUAAAUGAAUUAUUUGCCACGAAUAAUAAAGUUAAAGUGUUACCAACUGGAUGUGUUACUGGAGUAAUAUUGAAAGGAAUGGAUGAAUUAUACGAGAGCCUUGUAAAUGAAGGCAUUUUGUAUCCCUGCGACGAAGAUGUAGCGCGGGAAGAGACAGUUGGCAGUGCAGGUAGUGAUAAUCUUUGCAGUGACGGAGAUAAUGCUGCAGAAGCAGAAGGAAUUAGUGGAACAAAUUCGAAAACGAAUAAUGAUAUGCUGCAUUUGAAGUAUGAUGUUGUUACUGCACUGAGUGCAUCAUAUCCAAAAUGUUCUUCUACCUCAAACAUGAGCAGCACAGAACACUGCAAUGUGCCUUUAUCUUUCUCAAGCAAGAAACCUCUAUCUACUUCUCUCACAUCAAAUCCUUAUCCGAAAAUAAUAAGACAAAGAACUGUACUUAGGGCAUGCCGGAAAAAACAGGCAAUGUAUUUAAAAUCUGUGAAAGAAGAAAAUAUGUCAAAUGUUGGCGAUGAUAACAAUAUUGAUGGGGACUGUUUCAAUAAUAAUCAGCUUUCUUCGACCAACCAUUGCCAUGAUUUUCAAAAGUUUGAUGCUUCACAACGUUUUAGCGGUAGUGCUUCGGCUUUGUCUCCUUCGUUGAUGUUAGAGGCCCUGCGAUAUACGAAUCAAUUAUUCGAGCAUGAUCCUUUUGCACGAGAUCUCAUUCUUGCCGGACGGCGGCCACUUGGUCGACGUCGUUUACCCUCUUCAUCUCUAGAACCAUUGCAAAAGAAAUUUAAAGUUUCGGUGGAAAACCGGAUUAACGCAGAUCAUGAAUAUGGUGUUUUCACUAGAAAUAAUGAAAAAUCGGAGCAAGAUGUUGCAAGCACUAAUAAAGCUGAAGAAUGUGCAGCACCAACCACUAGUAGAUCUCGCGUAUGGAAUUUCCUUUCCAGUUUGUUAGGAAGUCGUGCAAGCAAAAUAUAG